CGCUAGAACUAAAGUCUCUAACCCAAAGACACGGUAGUUAGACUUAGACUGUAGAAUGAGCAUCAUACACGCCAGUGUAGUAUAACAAUUAGUGAAAAACCCACACAAUUUAGAUUAAGAUAAGCCUCUCUUUUCCUCACUUCGACUUUCGAGGCUAACGAACAGAAACCACCUCACAUCACUGCGUGCACGAGACGAGAGAACGAACACGAAGACGAACAAUGGCGGUGGGAAAGGAUAACACGGAGAUUGUGAAGGCACGAAUCGACAAGAGGGAUUACAGAAGGAUCGUUCUCGGCAACUCUCUUCAGGCUCUCCUCAUCAGCGAUCCCGAUACCGAUAAGUGUGCUGCUUCUAUGAGCGUUGGCGUCGGUUACUUCUCUGAUCCUGCUGGUCUUGAAGGCCUCGCACAUUUCCUAGAGCAUAUGCUGUUUUAUGCUAGUGAAAAGUACCCUGUGGAAGAUAGCUACUCCAAGUAUAUUAGCGAGCAUGGAGGAAGUACCAAUGCUUUUACAUCUUCUGAGAACACCAAUUAUUUUUUUGAUGUAAACACUGAUGGUUUUGAAGAGGCUCUUGACAGAUUUUCUCAAUUCUUUACUAAACCAUUGAUGUCUGCUGAUGCCACCAUGAGGGAAAUUAAAGCUGUUGACUCUGAAAACCAGAAAAAUUUAUUAUCUGAUGGGUGGAGAAUGAACCAGCUUCAGAAACAUCUCACUGCUGAAGAUCACCCAUAUCAUAAAUUUAGCACAGGGAAUUGGGACACUUUGGAAGUUAGACCAAAAGCAAAGGGAAUAGACACAAGGAAUGAGCUUAUCAAAUUCCAUGAAGAAAAAUACUCUGCUAAUCUAAUGCACCUCGUUGUAUAUACAAAUGAAAGCCUUGAUAAAGCUCAAAACCUUGUUGAAGAAAAGUUCCAAGAUAUUAGAAACACCAAUCUAGAUUAUUUUCGCACCUCUGAUCAGCCAUGCAAAUCAGAUCAUUUACAGAUUGUUGUCAGGACUGUCCCAAUAAAACAAGGUCAUAAAUUAAGAAUUGUAUGGCCAGUGACCCCUGAAAUUCUGCAUUACAUGGAAGGGCCAAGCAGGUAUCUUGCUCAUCUUAUUGGCCAUGAAGGAGAAGGGUCUUUAUAUUACAUUCUGAAAAAAUUAGGAUGGGCUACAAGCUUGUCUGCGGGUGAAUCAGAUUUGAGUUUAGACUUUUCCUUUUUUAAAGUUGUGAUUGAUCUUACUGAUGCUGGCCAUGAACACAUGCAAGAUAUCGUUGGCUUGUUGUUCAAGUACAUUGAACUUCUACAACAGUCUGGUGUUUGCAAAUGGAUAUUUGAAGAGCUUUCAGCGGUUUGUGAGACUAAGUUUCACUAUCAGGAUAAAAUUCCUCCUAGUGAUUAUGUCGUUAAUAUUGCAUCAAAUAUGCAGUACUAUCCUCCAAAAGAUUGGUUGGUUGGAUCAUCACUUCCUUCUAAGUUUAGCCCUAGUGUUAUCCAAAUGGUUCUAGAUCAGCUUUCUCCAAACAAUGUCCGAAUCUUUUGGGAAUCAAAAAGUUUUGAAGGACAUACUGAUAAGGUAGAACCAUGGUAUGGAACUGCAUAUUCCAUUGAAAAAAUUACUGCGUCAACAAUUCAGGGGUGGGUGCUUUCUGCUCCUAAUGAAAAUGUGCAUCUUCCAGCUCCUAACAAAUUCAUUCCAACAGACUUGUCUCUUAAAAUUGCGCCAGAGAAACAGGUGAAAUUUCCAGUUUUGUUAAGCAGGUCAUCUUAUUCAGCAUUAUGGUACAAGCCAGACACAUUAUUUUCCACACCAAAGGCUUAUGUUAAGAUUAAUUUCAAUUGCCCAUAUGCUGGAAACUCUCCCGAGGCUGAAAUUUUGACGCACAUUUUCACUCAGUUAUUGAUGGAUUACUUGAAUGAUAAUGCUUAUUAUGCUCAGGUUGCUGGUUUGUAUUAUAGUAUAAGCCAUACAGAUGGCGGUUUCCAGGUGAAUCUCCUUGGUUAUAAUCACAAAUUAAGGAUUCUACUUGAAACUAUUGUUGAAGAGAUUGCAACAUUCAGAGUGAAAACCGAGAGGUUCUCAGUUAUCAAGGAAACAGUGACAAAGGAAUACCAGAAUUUCAAGUACCAACAACCCUAUCAGCAGGCUAUGUACUAUUGUUCUUUGAUACUACAGGAUCAAACCUGGCCUUGGGUAGAACAGCUAGAAGUACUUCCUGCUCUUCAAGCUGAAGAUCUUGCUAAAUUUGUGCCAGCAAUGCUCUCAAGGACCUUUUUAGAGUGCUAUAUAGCAGGAAACAUUGAAAGCCAGGAAGCAGAGGCAAUGAUUGCGCACAUAGAAGAUGUUCUUUUCAAGUGUUCAAAACCUUUAUGCCAACCUUUAUUCCCAUCUCAGCAUUUGACAAAUAGGGUUGUUAAGCUUGAAAGUGGCAUAAAUUACUUUUACCCUUCAGAAUGUCUUAAUCCCAAUGAAGAGAAUUCUGCUCUAGUGCACUAUAUACAGGUUGGUCGAGAUGACUUCAAGCUGAAUGCCAAACUUCAGCUUUUUGCUCUUGUCGCAAAGCAACCGACCUUUCACCAGCUUCGAUCAGUUGAGCAGCUGGGGUACAUUACUGUGCUCAUGCAGAGGAAUGAUUGUGGUGUACGUGGACUACAGUUUAUCAUUCAGUCCACAGUAAAGGCUCCUGGAAGCAUCCAAGAGAGAGUUGAGGCAUUUCUCAAGAUGUUUGAGACCAAACUUAACGAGAUGACAAUUGAAGAAUUUAAGAGUAAUGUAAAUGCUUUGAUUGAUAUGAAAUUAGAGAAGCACAAGAAUUUAAGGGAAGAAUCAACAUUUUUCUGGCGAGAGGUUAAUGAUGGUACUUUGAGAUUUGAUAGGAGAGACUUUGAGAUUGAAGAAUUAAGGAAGCUGACUCUUCAAGAAUUGAUAGAUUUCUUUAAUGAAUAUGUCAAAGUUGGUGCUCCUCGAAAGAGGACUUUAAGUGUGCGGGUUCAUGGAAAGCUUCAUUCUUCUGAGUACAAAUCAGAAGCUUCAGAACCACACUUGGCUAGAAUAGAUAAUAUUUUUGGUUUUAGAAAAUCACAGUCUCUUUAUGGUUCAUUUAAAGGUCUUACUGGGCAGAUGAAAUUGUAGCCAGUGGAUCUUUUAGGUUUGUAAACUUCUUUAACUUAUCCAAACACUUGAAUAAGAGAGUUCUUUGUAAUAUCAGUUAGUUUGAGCAAAAGGUUUCCUUUUUGAACAAA